AUGGCGCACAGGGUCCUGGAGCUGACGCUCGUGUCGGCGAGCAACCUGCCGGACGUGAACCUGUUCAGCGGCAUGGAGGUGUACGCCGUGGCGUCCGUCUACGGCGACCCCCGCACGCGGCAGCGCACCCGCACGGACCGCGAGGGCGAGACGGACCCGGCGUGGAACCAGACGGUCUGGUUCGCCGUCUCGCCCACGGCCGCCGCGGCGGGGCGCGCCUACCUCCACGUGCUCCUCCGCACCGAGCGCUACUUCGGCAGCUCGUUCGGCCUCGACGACCGCGACGUCGGCGAGGUGUUCAUCCCCGUCGCCGACCUGCUCGCGGGCGCCGCCUGCGCCGCCGGGGGCACCCCGUGGAGGUGCGCGUCGUACCCGGUCCGGAAGGUGCAGAGCGCCAGGCACCGCGGCACGCUCAGCAUUGCGUACCGCCUCGGCCCCGUGGUGGCGCCGCCGCCGCCGCUCCCCUCGGAACCCGAUUGCCAGGCGGUCAUGCCGUGCCGGCCGGCGCGGAGGAGUUUCAACUGGAACGGUCGCUUCGCGCUGGGGCUCGGCGGAGGCUUCGCGGGCACGGCGGCAUAUAGAUCCGGGUAGGAGGCCGCGUCGUCGUCGGGGACUCGGAGCAUUGGCCUUCUGAAGUAUUCACAUACUUCAGCAGGAAUCGGGAUACAUAAGUAGUACGUCAAGCAUG